UCUGCAAUCCACACGUCGUACUCAACAUCAUCCAUCAUCGAUCUUCCACACCAUUUUCACUUAUUAGUGGUAACUAACAACCAUCAAAUUUCAUUAAUACAAUAACAUCUCAAAAUCUCAUAGAAUCAACAAGGAUAUUGAAGAAUUGAAGACAUAAGUACAAAACACCUUUCCACCUCUCUUUCUCUCUCUUCUUCGCUGACUCCACUUUCUCUCUCCUCCCAUCCUUUGUUUCUCCUGCCUAAAACACAAAGGCCUCGUUUUUCUUUUCCCUCCCAGUAAACACUUCUACACAUGCGUUAUAUUCUUCCCCCAAAAAAAUCCAUUGAGAUAUAAAAAUACUCCCUUCAUAUUUCUUCACUUUAGGUGAAAUUUCUGUGUUCUGGGUUCUGCUAUAUCAAAGCUUUAACAUCUAAAGCUUCAGGUUUUCGGGAAUUUCAAUUGGGAAAAUUGCUCCAUUGGUUUGUUUAGGAAAAGGGUUUUUAUAUUUGGAGGAAUUAGAAUACUUUGUUUUAGCAGUGGAGAUUGAUUUGGGUUUUGUUUUUGGAAUUCUGGGUGUUGCUUGAAUUGAUUGAAUGUUGUUGAAUUUGCUGAGAAAUAUUUUUUUUUUGCUGAAUUGUGAGAGUGGUUGAUUGGGGUAUGGAGAUAGGGAAUGCCCCAAAUUGAUUAAAAUUAAAGGGUUGUAUGUUUUUUGCUGAUCCAGGUGUUUGGUUAGGGUUAGGAAAGGAAGGUUGUGAAAGUUAGGGUUGGUGAGGGAGAAUAUGGAUGGUGAAGAUAAAAAGAUUGGCCUCAAAAAGAGGUCUAAAGGGGUUGAGAUUAAUUUAGAUUCUGAUGAUGAUGAGCCAAUUGGGGCUUUGUUCAAGUUGAAAAGCAAGAGAAACCCGAAGAAGGUUAAGUUGGGAUCAGAUGGUGAGAAGGGUAAGGAGUCAGGGGUUAAGAGUAAGAUUGUAGAUGGAGAUUUAGGGGGAAUGGAGGAUACCUUAGCAAGCUUUAGGAAGAAGUUGAAGGGUCCUAAGAAAGAUAGUGGUCCUGGGAGUUUAGUGAAGAGGGACUUGGUGUCGAAACUGGCCGAACUUGCGGAUGAAUGUCUUAAUGCUUCGCAGAAGGAUGAGGGUCUCGUAACUAAGCUGGUCCAAGGUGCUGAGGAUGAAGCUUGUGAUGUGAUUUCAGAGUUAAGUAUAAGUCAAAAGUCAGAGAAGAAGCGAAAUGAAAAAAGUAAGAAGUCCAAGGCUGCAGUAGCUGAAAAGAGUCCUACAGUGCUUGUUGAAGCAGAUGACAUUGAGAUGCUGGAUGGUAAUUCAUCAGAAAACCAGGUCAAGAGACGGGAAGGUUUGAUGAGCCCGGAAAACAAACAUAAGAAGAAGGAUAUGAGGUCCAAGUCUUCUUCAGCUGCAAAGAGUCAUAGGGUUUCUGUUGAUAGAGAUGACAGUGAGGUACCAGACAACCAUGCAUUAGGUGAUCAGGUAGAGGAGAAGGAAGGUGCAUCUACUAGCCCUUUGAAUGACAAUUUGACAGAUUCUCUUUCCUCCUUUUUAAGAAAGACACAGUCUGGUAUACGCAAGAAGUUGCGUGCUGCUUCUGUUUCAAACUCUAGGAAGGGAGGGCAUCUGCAGGAGAAAGAUCAGUGUCCAAGCUCAGGUCGUGUUUCCAUAGAUUUUCAAUCUACAGUUGAAAAGAACUCUCUUUCAGAUGCAAAAUGUAGAAGUAAUAGUCAUAAAUCAGAAGAUUAUCUUAUUGAUAGUGGCCGAAUCGGCUCCAUUGCUCCCCACUGUGAGUUAGUGAGAGAUCAGGGUUUAGACACUCUACUUGGUAAAGGGUCUGGAAAUGUGCCAAUCAAGGAUCCUGCACAUAUUGAUAGUAUGAUUACUGAUAUAAGUACGGAACUUGACACUUGCAACUCUGUUGUGGACCAUUCAUAUCCAGCUUCCCAAUUAGUUGCUUGUUCUGAGUUAAAUAGAGUAGAAAUCAAAAUUGGUGAAUCUUGCAAGGAGGUUGAAAUGGUCCAGGAACAGCCUCAAAUUGUCUUAUCAAAUAAAAUCUGUGAAAAAGAUGCAACAAAGUAUCCUGUUGCAAAGGCUUUUAACCAACAUAUUUCUUGUUCUCAAGAUGCUCAACCCCAGAAUGGAGUUGGGAUUUUUGUACCCUUAAAUGCCAGCAGCAUGGUGAAUGAUGCUCCCUGUUCUACCUCCAAAUCAGAUUUUGUGGAAGAAUUACGUGGGCCAACCAAGUGUGAGGCUACUGUUAGAUCUGAUAAUGACUGUAUUCAGCAUGAUAUGGACACUUCAAGAGCUGAUCCAGUGUGUGCUUCUGAUCAAAAUAAUGAAGGUGAUGCUCUCAUCAGGAUCGAUGUCAGUGAAGGAGCCAAUGGAAUUUCUCCCUCCCCAUCCAUCACACCAGGUGAGAAUGACGCUUAUCAAGAAAAUUCUGGAUGCUUUCCGGAGUCCAACAACCAGUGUAAUUCCGUGUUGAAUGAUCGUGCUGUCCGGAGAGCGAAAAAGCGGAAAGAUGGCGACAUGGCUUAUGAGGGUGAUGUUGCUUGGGAGGUCGUGAUGCAUGAGCAUGGCUCUCUUGAUUUGUAUCAUCCUGUAGAUAGAGACCUGGGCUCUCAGUCGAAGGAGAGAUUUGAUUCUUCUCCAAAUGCAGGCCUUGACUUUGAGGUUGGUGGAGCUGCUGCAGUGUCAGUUGGCCUCAAAGCUCGCGCAGUUGGUCUUGUGGAGAAGAUUAAAUUCAAGGAGGUCUUGAAGCGCAAAGGUGGAUUGCAAGAAUACUUGGAAUGCAGGAACAAGAUUUUGAGUCUUUGGAACAAGGAUGUCACCCGUGUGCUGCCUCUUGCUGAUUGUGGCAUUGCUGCAACUCCAUCUGAUGAUGAACCUCAGCGUGCUUCCUUGCUGAGGGAUAUCUACUCAUUUCUUGACCAAAGCGGAUAUAUAAAUGCUGGAAUUGCUGCUAACAAAGAGAAGGCAGAGCCCAAAUCUAGAGGGAAUUAUAAACUGUUAGGAGAAAAAAAGUUUGAGGGAGGUUCUGGGGCUUCUGUUGCUGACUCAGUAGAUGGAGUAUCUUUUAUCCUUGGUCAGGUCAAAAGCCUUGAUACAUUCCCUAAGGCAGAGGAUGGGGUUGCUUUUGCUGAUGAGAACCCCACAGAAGAAGAUGUGAAAGCUGGUGUUGAAAUUAUACUCGAUCAAUCUUCUGAUAAGCAGCUUGAUGAAUGCCAAGGUGAAGGGGAACCUGAUGAGCCAUGCAUUGAUGAGAAAGCAUCUACAGAAAAUCUUGAAUCAGACUUCUCAACUGCUGAUAUACUGGGGAAGAGUCUCGAUAAUGCUGUAGACCCUUGUCUGCCAAUGACUCAUGAGCAUUUGGAGGCCAAUACAUGUGACUUGGAUAGCAAGAAAAGGAUCAUAGUAGUGGGAGCUGGGCCUGCAGGUUUAACUGCAGCACGCCAUUUGCAAAGACAAGGAUUUUCUGUCGUUGUGCUUGAGGCGAGGAGUAGGAUAGGUGGUCGGGUUUAUACCGACCGCUCAUCACUUUCAGUUCCUGUGGAUCUUGGGGCGAGCAUUAUUACGGGAGUUGAGGCUGAUGUGGCUAGUGAAAGACGACCAGAUCCUUCAUCUUUGAUUUGCGCUCAGUUGGGUCUUGAGCUGACAAUACUAAACAGUGAUUGUCCACUUUAUGAUAUCAGAACUGGUCAAAAGGUUCCUCCAGAUGUUGAUGAAGCUUUAGAAGCGGAGUUCAAUAGUCUUCUCGAUGAUAUGGUGUUUGUUGUUGCAAAAAAAGGAGAAAGUGCUACAAGAAUGUCUCUUGAAGAUGGUUUAGAGUACGGUCUUAAAAGACGCCGUCAAAUCCUUUCUGAAACAGACAAUGGAAAAUAUGGAAUAUUGCGGCCGUUGACUGGCACCGUCAAUCAUGAAAUGGGUUCUGAGGGCUACCAUUCUGCAGAGCAGAAUGUUGGUAGGGAUGGAACACUCAGUCCUCUUGAGAGGAGAGUUAUGGAUUGGCAUUUUGCUCACUUAGAGUAUGGUUGUGCUGCAUUGCUGAAGGAAGUAUCUCUUCCUCAUUGGAACCAGGAUGAUAUUUAUGGAGGAUUUGGGGGUGCUCAUUGUAUGAUUAAAGGAGGUUAUGGAGCUGUUGUGGAAUCAAUAGCUCAAGGACUUUCCAUCCAUUUGAACCAGGUGGUGGCUGACAUUUCAUAUGGUGCAGUGGGCUCAGUAGGAUCUGAUAAUUGCUCAUACAAGGUAAAAGUGUCAACUUUCAGUGGCAAGGAGUUUUUCGGAGAUGCCGUUUUGAUAACUGUGCCACUUGGUUGCUUAAAAGCGGAAUCCAUUAAGUUCUCUCCACCAUUGCCACAGUGGAAACAUUCAGCAAUCCAGCGGCUGGGUUUUGGUGUUCUCAAUAAAGUAGUCCUGGAGUUCCCUGAAAUAUUUUGGGAUGAUACUGUAGAUUACUUUGGAGCUACAGCUGAGCACUCUGACUUAAGAGGUCGCUGCUUUAUGUUCUGGAACAUCCAGAAAACAGUUGGAGCUCCUGUUCUCAUAGCAUUAGUUGUUGGUAAAGCAGCUAAAGAAGGACAGAAUAUAAGCCCCUCUGAUCAUGUAAAUCAUGCUUUGAGGGUUCUACGUAAAUUAUUUGGUGAUACUGCUGUUCCUGAUCCAGUUGCAUCAGUAGUGACGGACUGGGGAAAAGAUCCUUAUAGUUAUGGUGCGUAUUCUUAUGUUGCUGUUGGAGCUUCUGGGGAAGACUAUGAUAUAAUAGGUAGACCAGUUGAGAAUUGUUUGUUUUUUGCUGGUGAAGCUACCUGCAAGGAGCAUCCAGAUACAGUAGGUGGUGCAAUGAUGAGUGGGCUGCGAGAGGCAGUUCGUAUAAUUGACUUAUUGACUACUGGUAAUGAUUACACAGCAGAAGCAGAAGCUGUUGAAGCUGCCCAGAGACAAUCAAGCAGUCAGAAAAAUGAAGUUAAGGACAUUGCAAGAAGGCUUGAUGCAAUUGAUCUCUCCAGUUUCCGCUAUAAGAGCCCAUCAGAUAGAUCCCAGCUUUUUGCUAGAGAAAGUCUACUGCAGGAUAUGUUCUUUAGUGCCAAAACAUUAGCUGGACGAUUGCGUCUGGCCAAAGAGCUAUUAAGUCUUCCUGUUGAAUCUCUGAGGUCUGUUGCUGGGACAAAAGAAGGGCUUGGUGUACUAAACUCAUGGAUAUUGGAUUCCAUGGGAAAAAAUGGAACUCAACUCCUGCGUCUCUGUGUCCAUAUACUUGUGUUGGUUUCCAGAGACUUGGUAGCUGUCCGGCUGUCAGGUAUUGGAAAAACUGUCAAAGAGAAAGUCUGCGUUCAUACUAGUCGUGACAUACGCAGCAUCGCAAGCCAGUUGGUUCACAUGUGGAUUGAGGUUUUCCGUAAGGAGAAGGCUACGAAUGGUGGCUUGAAAUUAUUGAGGCACAUGACAAAUGCAGAUUCUUCAAAAGCAAAAGGGAAAGAUCCAGGUUCAAGGAAACCUCCUAUACAUAUGCAGCAUUAUGCGGCUGGAAAUAAGGUCAAUUCAAGCUCAAAAAAGCUAGCUGUUAAGCAAGUGAAGUCAGAAAAUGCAACUGGCUCAAAAAUGGAUGCUUGGUCAUCAGCAUCACAAAUUUCAAAUGGCUCACCUGGUAACAAGUUAGAGGAGGGUGGGAACAUACCAUUGUCAGAAGAAGAACAGGCUGCUCUUGCUGCUGCAGAGGCUGCCCGUGCUGCUGCGGCUGCAGCUGCUGAGGCCUAUGCAUCAUGUGAAGCUAGAGUGAGUAUGAUGCAGUUACCGAAGGUACCGUCUUUUCAGAAGUUUGCUAGGCGAGAGCAGUAUUCACUAGUGGAUGAUAUCGAGCGAAAAAGAUGGUCUGGUGGUGUUUUGGGAAGACAAGACUGUUUAUCAGAAAUAGACUCAAGAAAUUGUAGAGUUAGAGAUUGGUCCGUUGAUUUUUCAGUUACAUGUGCCAAUAUUGACAAUUCAAGAAUGUCUACCGAUAACUUUUCACAACGGAGCCAUUCAAAUGAAAUGGCAUGCCAAUUAAACUUGGGAGAGCAUUCUGGAGAAAGUGCGGCUGGGGACAGCACUGCAUUUACUAAAGCUUGGGUUGAUUCUUCUGGUAGUGAUGGGAUAAAGGACUACCAUGCCAUUGAGAGAUGGCAGUGCCAGGCUGCAGCUGCUGAGUAUGAAUAUCAAUCUUCCGUACAUGUUGAGGAUGAGGAAGAUUCAAGCACAAUGUCAAGACAUCUCACAAGGAAGCUAGAAGGAAUGGUUAAUGAGAGUUCUGUUUCACAGGUGACAAUAAACAAGGAUUUGGCUGCUAACCAGCAUAUAGGAACUGAGCAUAUUAAGCAGGGUGUUGUUGAUUAUGUAGCUUCGCUGCUCAUGCCUUUGUACAAAGCGAGGAAGAUUGAUAAAGACGGUUAUAAGUCGAUAAUGAAAAAGAGUGCAACAAAGGUCAUGGAGCAGACAACUGAUGCCGAAAAAGCAAUGGCUGUCUGUGAGUUUCUUGAUUUUAAGCGCAAGAAUAAGAUUCGCGCUUUUGUUGACAAGUUGAUCGAGAGACACAUGCCAAUGAAGCCAGUAGUGAAACCUUGAUGUGCUGCCGUAGUAUGCAAUACAUACAAACCAUCAAAGCACUUGGUGACUGGGAUGUUGGAUUGUGGACAAUAGUAACCUUGUUUUGGCAUAUCUUUUGGCAUUUGCCUAAGACAAUUAGCUCUUAGAAUCUUGUUCGUGUAAAGGAGAAACAAAUCACAGAAUUUCCUGCUGUCUAUUGUGGGUGGAUUUACGCAGCUUUCUGGCAUUUCUGAAGUUGUUCAGACAUUCUCACAGAAAUACUUGUCUGAGCUUUGUCUAGGCUUCUGCUGAUUAUGUGAAGCAAGUGUUGCGACCUCUUCCAUAUCUGCCAUAGAGACCAGUUCCAUUUGAAGAAAACAUGGUUUUUUGAAUGCAUUCUUUCUCUGCAUCAACUGUACUUCUCAGGGUGGAAAAGAGCACCCCAAAUUUUUUUAGUUUAAUUUUUUUUUUUUCUGCACAGGGAUUAUUCAUAGAUGAAAACCUCAGUUUUGUCUUUUAACAUUGUACAGAAUAGGAUUGUUUCCAUUAGUAUACAACACCUUUUCUUCUCUGUGGGAAGAUCAUUAAAUAUUUUUCCUCCUAUUGGUACUAAGGGCAUAUGUUUUGUGCUGGCUUGGAAAACAAAAAAACUAUUUGUUUC